GGAGCGCGCCUUUCUACGAUGUUCGCUUAGAUGCUUUGUCGCACUUAAUCAUGACAACUUUUGGAAGAUUCAGUUGAUUUCAGAUUAUUUAUGACUACUGAUAAACGAUUGACUACGUGCGGAUAUAUUAAAAACACUCUUUUUAGUGUUACAGAUUUAUAGAUUGGUGAUCGUAGGAAGAUCUGACACAUGGUCUGAUUUGGACCACAUUUUCUCUCAGAUUGGACCGCUGUAUGGACUUGUUCAUGAUGAACUGUGAGUUAUUGGCAACAUGCAGUGCACUGGGUUAUCUGGAAGGAGAUGUUUACCACAAAGAACCGGACUGCCUUGAGAGUGUGAAGGACCUGAUUCGAUACUUGAGACAUGAGGAUGACACAAGAGACAUCAGACAGCAGCUGGGAGCUGGACAGAUACUUCAGAAUGACCUAUUACCCAUCAUCACCCAGCACACGCAGGACAAACUGCUCUUUGAUGCCUGUAUCAGGCUAAUGGUUAACCUGACCCAGCCAGCACUGCUCUGCUUUGGAAAAGUUCCUGAUGAUCCAGCAUUCCGACAUCACUUCCUCCAAGUGAUGUCAUACCUUCAGGCCUAUAAAGAGGCAUUUGCAGAUGAGAAGAUCUUUACUGUGCUGAGUGAAACGCUCUACAACCUUCUACAGCUGGACUGGGAGCAAAGAGCCGAGGAGGAUAAUUUACUGAUCGAGAGAAUUUUGCUGCUGGUCAGAAAUGUGUUGCAUGUCCCUGCAGACCCAUAUGAGGAAAAGGUAUGAUAUCAGUCAUUGCCU